CUAUUGGUGCAUAAAAGAACGCAUAUCUCAUGAUAAUACAGUGCAAGUUGUCAUAUUUUGACAGAAACGCACGUGUUUGUCAAAUGUGUAGUUUGUUUCCAAAAUAACCUCGUGGAUAAUUCCGUAAAGGAACCGUUUUCAAGUUCGGUUUCAAAAAUUUUUAAAUUUAUCAUAUUUAUUUGUUUAAAACAAAUAUAAAGUUAAAAAAAUGUCAUUUCGAGGACGUGGCGGUGGCGGAGGUGGUGGACGACGAGGUGGCGGUGGCUUUGGAGGCGGCGGCGGUGGUGGUGGCGGCGGUGGAGGAGGCUUCCGCGGAGGUCGUGGUGGGCGUGGUGGUGGAUUCGGUGGUGGAAGAGGAAAUUUUGACACCGGCCCACCAGAUCAUGUGACUGCUUUGGGACACUUCAGUUAUCCAUGCCAGGAUGAUCUUGUGUGUAAAGUUGACAUAGAUGAUGUGCCAUACUUCAAUGCUCCUGUAUACCUGGAAAACAAAGAACAAAUUGGGAAAGUAGAUGAAAUAUUUGGAACAGUGAAAGACUAUUCAAUUACAGUAAAACUUUCCGAAAACAUGAGAGCAAGCAGUUUCAAACCUCUUGAGAAACUCUUUAUUGACCCGCAAAAAUUGCUGCCCAUCAAAAGGUUCCUGCCACAACCUCCUCAGCCAAAAGGUGCAAAGAAAAAGGGUGCCGGUGGAGGCUUUGGUGGCGGACGUGGUGGCGGCGGCGGUCGUGGAAGAGGAGGUGGUGGUGGUGGCGGUCGUGGUUUCGGAAGAGGUGGUGGCGGCGGCGGAGGUGGUCGCGGAGGUGGGGGUGGCCGUGGAGGCGGUGGAGGUGGAUUCAAUCGCAGUGGCGGAGGUGGUGGUUUCGGACGAGGUGGUGGUGGUGGAGGAGGCCGAGGACGUGGUGGUGGAGGUGGUGGCUUCCGACGCUAGUAUAUUUAUGGAAAUCAUAACUAAUUUGUUCUUUUUUUUUAAUGACUACUGAAUGCUUUUAAGAUACAUAUAGAAUUUUGAUACAUAACAGAUAUAAUGUACAAAUUACAUACCAGACUUUCUGAUUCAACAAUAUUGUACUUUUAUUUUAAAAUAAAUGAAUUUGUUGACGUAACUAUAAAA